UACUAAUUCCUUUCUUCUUUCACUCUUUCGAUAUGGCCAAAGGAAAUUCUCCUCUCGUCAGACCUACCUUCGCCGAGCGAUGUUCUGAUGAGAGUGUGUUAGCCGGAGCAAAGGCAGCAGUUGUUGCAUGUGUUGCCACCGCCAUUCCAACUUUGGCUAGUGUGAGGAUGCUGCCAUGGGCAAAAGCCAAUCUCAAUCACACAGCUCAAGCUCUCAUAAUCUCCACAGCGACGGCAGCGGCAUAUUUCAUAGUAGCUGACAAGACAGUUUUAGCAACGGCAAGAAAGAACUCCUUCAACAAACCCUCCCAUUCUCAACCAUGAAAUGUAUUCCAUUUUGGUAACAUUAUCCAAAUGUGAACCCAAUUGCACUUAUUUCUCCUAAUAAAGACUUUUAAAUGUUCAUAUACCUUUUUCCUCACUAAGAAU